CUUAUCCUUCCACCACCCCUCGCUGUCUGAAUCGACCUGAGCGGGGCCUUGCCAUAGAGAUCUCUGCAUUUUGGCCCAUGGCCCAAUUGCGCGACUCUCCUCUCCUGCGCUCUCAGUGUCUGUCGCGCAUGGCUCCCGCACAGUCUACCCUGAAUUCCUUCCCGCUAGAACUCGCAGGCAAGCUUACGUAUGUUGGCUGCAUUCGUCUCCCGAGUCGGCGCACCGCCACCUACUUAAAUCUCAUCUGCGAGCUGCUCCGGUGCGCCCUGGCGAAAUGGGAUCAGCGAUUCUCUCCUUCGGCAUCAGCACGUCCCAUAUUCGCGAGCAUCGCCACGUCGGACAUCCAAUGGUCUGGGAGCUACCACUCGGGCCAGGCUUGCUUUGUUUCUGCGGCUUGGCCGUUGCAUAUGAACAGGGAACGUCGGGUGCAGACUGGUAUUGUGAAGUGGUGUGAUGUGCGAUGGCGUCUGCCAACCACUGUCUCUCGUGGUGCUCUUGGCAUAGAAUCAGAUACUGGCGUGCUCCAGCGACACACGGCUAACAUUCGCGUGGAUUCCCAGUCCAACGUGAGGCCGAGCACCGGUGCCGAACUUCUCGGAGUGGACAGGAUCUCAAGGCUCGCGGUAGUGAAAACGUUCACGCUCGAUUCAUCCCAGUGGAUUGACGACGGGCAUUCUCCCCGCGCAAGACAUUUAAACAUUGCCGUCGCCGAUCCCUCCACCGCGCAUCUUGCCAUUUAA